AUGACGAAUACCACCACUUCGAUUUCUCUCUCAUCCUCUGUAGAUACCAUGAAAAACAUUACCAUUUCUGAUCACCCUGUUGUCAAUAAAUUAAUUUCUGUCCUUCGUGAUCUGUCUUUGAAACCUUCUCAAGUUCGCGGCAUAAUUGAUGAAAUUUCUCGUUUUCUGGCUUACGAGUCCACCAAGUCCUUGGACAAUUCCUCUGUCUCGGUUAUCCCGGUUCUUCGCUCCGAUGUGCCAAUUUAUCAUAUUGGAAUUUUCCGUGAAAAAAGCACUUUGCAACCUAUUGAAUAUUACAACAAGCUUCCUAAAAACUCUACGGAAACGGCCAUUGUCUUGGACCCCGUUAUGGCCACAGGUGGUACUGCUCAAGCCGUCAUUACUACUCUCCAAGAGUGGGGUUGUAAGCGCAUUGUUUUUGUCAGCGUUUUAGCAAGCGCGCAAGCUUUUGUCCGGUUUUCCAAUACUCCUGGUGUGGAAUUUGUCUUUGGUGCCAUCGACAAGAGCCUUGAUGACAAAGGUUACCUCGUCCCUGGUAUUGGCGACAUCGGUGACCGACUCUAUGGUGCGGCUGCCUAA